UCACCUGGAAGUUUUGAAUUAUAUAUUUGUGAAAAUUAAUAAAAUGAACAUUCCAAUAUCUUGUGUGACUUUCAGAAUAUGUUCCAAAAUUCUACCGACUUUAAAUUGAUGUGUGGUUUUUUUAUUCGUUAGAGCUUCUUGAAUUCUGUGACUUUUGGCUCCUUGCCAGGUCAUACUUAAAUCUGUUGAAGAAUAGCCAAUUGCAUAAAAUACAGCGAUGGAAGACUAAAGCAGCACCUGUUCUGAGCAUUCAUUAAAGAUGGGAUACCUGUCUUGUUUUACCCGGCUUUUCCUGACGCUUAUAAACGGGGCGGCGAUUACAUUAUGCGUAGUUUUUAUAGGGGUGGGCGUGGUCAUGAUUAUUUUACCGGAUGUGGGCGUGAUCGAUCACCUGAUUAGUGGUAAUACUGUGAUGCAGCAGCUGAAGGACACACUGACCACCACGGGCCUGGGGACGGAGGACCAAUACUCCGGACUGGCUCUCUCCACAGCUUUCUACGACAUUGGUUUGAUGCUCGCUGUCUCGUGUGCAGUGAUCAUGGUCGUGUCUCUGUUUGGGUGUUGCGGAGGAUGCUGUAAAGCAAAGUGCUCGCUAAUUACAUACAUUGCUCUGACGAGUUUCUUCCUCAUUGUGGAGUUGAUCGUGGUCAUUAUUGUGUAUGCAGACGAAAAAUUGGUGAUCGAGUCCAUCAAAGAGAUGUUCCUUUUGACUUUAGUUGAUUAUAAAGGACUGAAAGGAAAAAACAUACAGAGUCUGGGUUGGAACUUUGUCAUGGUUAAGUACAAAUGUUGUGGAUUGACUGAUUACGAGGAUUUUAAACGUUCUAACUGGACACGCACAGUUACCACUGCUUCAACAUACACUCUGAAGACACCCAUUGUAUGCUGUGAUCCUCUACCUUCGUCUAGCGAUCUGACUUGUGCAACACAGACCCCCUCUGGAAAUACAGCUAUGACGGGCUGUUUCGAUGCCGUUUGGGACACUUCAUUCGGAAGCGCAAAUUUUAUUGCUUUUGCAUACUGUGUGGGAUUCGGAAUUCAGUUUAUUCUGAUCACCUUGGCCAUUAUUGUAUUUACGGAAGCAAAGAAAAAGAACAGAGUGGUUCCCGAAAGAGAGCAACAGAAACAACAAAGAACGGCAGUUGUUAAAUCUAUCGUGGAACCGCUGCCAGAAAAACAGACAGGCUGGUAGCUGGUAAUCCAGGAAAAAAUAAUAAAAAGUAUAGACUCAAGAGUGCAAAUUGGUGUAGAACACUAUUUAUUUGUCUGCAUGCUUGUUAAAACAUCCCACGUGAUACAAAAACAUACAUUAUGAUGAGAAUAAUAAAUUUAAUAAAAUACAUCGAAUAAUUUCA